AAUGUUUUCACCCUCUGUAAUUCUAACAAUGGGAGCUCAGUGGUCUAAACAGAUCGACCGACAAAAGGCGGUCAUUGCUGAGAAGAAAAUAUUGCGAGAGCUGCAAGAAAGAUGCGGGUCUGAUUACCCCGGAUCCAAUUGGCAUCCAACUGACCGUAAAAACUGGAUGUUCGGCCUCGACCAUAAUAAAGUCCAUAUCAACAUGAUAGUGUGGCCCGGAACCCACAACUCCGCCACCAACAAGAUUGGAAUCAAGAUGAUUACCCGCCCGUUUGCCCAAUGCCAGUCUCUGUCCAUUUACCAACAACUUGUAUGUGGGGCCCGUGUUCUUGAUAUUCGGGUCGAAGAGACCGGAAAAGUGUGUCAUGGGAUAUUGACAACGUAUAGCGUUGAUGUCGUUAUAGAAGAUGUCAAACGGUUUGUUUCAGAAACCAAGUCAGAAAUUGUAAUUCUAGAGAUCCGGACCGAGUGGGGCCGGAAGGAUCCACCUGAGUUCCAGAAAUACUUGUGGGAACAACUAGGUGAGAUGUUGAUCCAUCAAGAUGAUAAUGUCUUUGACAAAACAAUAGCAGAGAUCUUACCAAGAAGAGUUAUAUGUGUCUGGAAGCCUCGGGUAUCACCCGAGGUAAAUGUAAAAAGCCCGUUUUGGAAUUCGGGUUACUUGAGAGAUAACUGGAUCGACACGGAUUUACCAGCAACGAAGUUUGAGAGUAAUAUGAAGUAUCUGAGUCAGCAGCAGCCCGUUAUGGCCCGAAACUACUUUUACAGAGUGGAGAAUACGGUAACCCCUCAAGCGGAUAACCCGAUUGUGUGUGUAAAACCGGUUACAAAGCGGAUUCAUGGGUACGGAAGACUGUUUAUAGCACAAUGUUUUCAACAGAAUUGUGUUAAUCGAUUGCAGAUAUUUUCUAUAGAUUUCAUAAACGCGGAUUUUGUUGAUGCUUGUGUCGGGCUUACUUGGGCUAAACUUGAAGGGAAAGCUUGAAAACCGUAACAGGUCACCAAAACCAAACUUCCCUUAGAGAGGUGUCACCUUCAUUAACUAGUUUAAUACCUGUUCGGUGGACGGGUUAUUCAUUGUCAUAAUCUCAAAACUACACUUCCUUGCUUUUCAAAUGAAAAGAGAACAUGUUAAAUAUGAUAUUAAGAUAUUUAACUAAGGUGGGGUUUGGUUUUUAAAUGUACUGGCAAUGUGUACACAAAAAAGGUAUAAAUGUUUAUGAAACUGUUUGUUUUACAAA